AUGGAGUCGAUGGAUGCGAACGGAGUCGACAACAAACACAGUAGGACAUAUCAGGCGUGUAUACCGUGUCGGCGGAGGAAGGUUCGAUGCGAUCUUGGUCCUGUCGACAAUCCUCAUGACCCUCCAUGUGUUCGCUGUCGUCGCGAAGCNAAAGAAUGUUUCUUCUCCGCCACGAGGNNGAGGNNGAAGAAGAGAGCGGCCGACUCUGGUACCACUGGAGAUGAAGUCGACCCCAAUGACUACGAGAUCAGGGGAGGACGUAAGAGGUUGAAGGAAGGCAUGGCCGAAUCAGUCGACUCGGAUGCUCGCAGUGCCCAUUCACCCGCGCCUGUGACCGCGCCGUACAUACCACGACCCUUGACUCCUGGCGGUUCUAUGGGUCGUCAACAACCUCUACGCCGGCCACACUCGACCUCUCAAACGCCGUAUCCAGGUGAUGAAGCAGACGAUCAUGUCAACAGCCAUACUGCAGCUCUCUUGCAAACUGCCGAGUUGCACAACGGACACGACGCUCUGAAUGUUCUGAUAGAAGCUGCUACAGCGAAUCACCGUACUGGCAGUGCUACCGACGCCCACAAAUAUGCUACUUCAUUACCAAGUCCUGCGAAAGUAACGCUGCCCAAAGCUUCGAAACCACCACCGCCUGAUGCUUCGAUCGAUCCUGCCAUUAUGCAGCAACCACCUUCUACUGCUCGACCAUCAUCCUCGGCAGACUACGCUUCAGCUUAUGCUGCAUGGUCCCGCUUCAGAUUCGUACGCAAUGGCUGGUUCACCAUCAAGGAAGGAAUGGAUUACAUUGAGUACUUUUAUACGUACAUGUCGCCCCUCACACCAAUCGCUCUUCCGGAUUAUCGCGGACCUGACAAACAUGGGGCCUUGUUGGAGAAUGAACCUAUGCUUGCUGUUACCAUGCUGAUGAUCGCAUCACGAUACAUGACAUUGUCCGGACCUGGUGCUCAGAGUCGAUCACAUUCUAUCCACGCCAGACUUUGGCCUUUUGUUCAGCGCAUCAUUGACCGGAUUGUCUGGGGCCGUGAGUUAUCUGGAACCACACUUCAUCCUGAUGAGACACAACCGGGUUGUGAUGUUAAUCCUCUAUCGCGGAAGGGUCUCCUAACUUUGGGCACAGUUGAGAGUUUAUUGCUGUUGACCGAAUGGCAUCCAAGGAUGAUGCACUUCCCUGCAGAUGAAGAUGAUACGCAACUCAUGGCGCCUGUAGAUCCAAUGGCCUCGAUCAACGAGAGCACAUCGAAUACCGACAAGGGACAAGGAGGUCAUGCUUUAACCUCAUGGCUCGAGCCUUGUUUCAGAAGUGAUCGCAUGUGUUGGAUUCUGCUCAACAUGGCGAUGACAGUAGCUUCUCAAAUCGGAGUGUUUGACGCGGACUGCUCAAGACAUCUACAAGGCGUAUCUCCCGAGCAGCAGGAAAUCUAUCAACGACGACGGCUUCACGUCAAGAGCGUGAUCCUCGGGUACAUCACACAAACCAGCGGGCGAAUGGGCGUAACUGCCAUGCUGCCUCAAGGAUACGCCGAGCCCUCCCUGAGCGAGUUGUACAACCCCAAGCGGUCGAGUUUCAAGGAUACCAAAGAUAUUGUUCUGCAUUUCUGGUUGCGUCUAGCUGCACUGGUCAAGAUCAAUAACGAAGAGCUGUAUGCGAAUCGACAACAGACUCGUGAUAUUAUCAAGACUGGAAAGUACAGAGAGUUACUGCAACGUAUAAAGCCAUCGUUGGUGCAAUGGCGGAGAGAGUUCGAAGCGUAUCGAAACAUCCCGAUUCUGCUUCGUCAUGUACUCAUAAUCGAGUAUGAACACACUCGAGUGAUUCUGCAUCAGCUCGCCCUGCAAGCUGUGGUAGAGAGAUGCGCGAACAAUAACACUGGAGCCGCUGGCAAGAUUAUUCCACCAAAUGUGCUUGACCAGUGGUUCGGCAGCGACAGACAGCACGUGGAUGAGGUGAUGCAAGCUUGCCGCAAUGUACUUCGAGUCGUUGUCGACGGUCUUGCACCUGGUGGCUAUCUCAAACAUGCACCAGUGCGAACAUUCUUCCGUAUUGUGUCUGUUACGUUAGUGCUCGUCAAGACCUUCGCUUUUGGUGCUUUCGAAAACGAAAUGGCGCUUUCCUUAAACCUCAUGGACCGCACGGUCGAAGUAAUGCGCAACCACGUUGUCGACGAUGUGCAUCUCUCCAACCGCUUCUCCAACUUCCUAGAAGUAAUCACCAACCGCCUGCGUCCCAUGAUUGUGCGCAUGUCACGCACAAACGGCGCUUCCUCACACAACGCAGCCUCUCGCGUUUCCUCGCGACCACCAAGCCCAGGCCUGCAAAACAGAAGCACUGAACACAUGCCCGCAUACCCCGCCGACCCCUACAACGAAGCACCACACCACCACCAAAGAACAGACACAAACGCCCUCUACGGUAUCCCCACCCAAACCUACGAUCUCGGCGAUAACAAUAAUACGUUUUCAAUCAUGCCGCCGCCUACUAAUAUGCCUUCGCCUUCUUUGGCUGCGGCUGGUGGGCUCGGUCAUCAUCACUCUUCUUCUGACCACACCACAGACUAUAACUUUGGAACUUAUGGUGAUGGGUUUGUGGGUGCCGAGGAUGGGACUUAUGAUUGGCUUGCUUUGCCGCUGGAUCCGAUCUUACAGGCUGGAGGUCAGGAUGUCACUGCCAAUUGCUUUGGACCGGGGAUUGGCGAGUUUGACAUGUUGGAGGUUUUGCUGGGGGUGGGCAUGUGCAGCAAAGUCAUGGGGAAGGGAUUGGUGGUGCACCGCUCGGAGGACAUGCACAUUAAUUUCGAUGGGUAUUGGUAA